AGCCAAAAAAAGAGAGUGAAAAGUUUUGAUGGUGCAGGAAGAGUGAAAAUAGCGAGCGGAAAACUUUCUUUCGGUCUCAAAUUUUGUGUUUUAGUUGUGAAAUUCUCGUAAUAUUUUGUAUCGGAAUCACCAAACUCGGUUGCUUCCGGAUGAGGCAAGCGUUGAAGUUUAAGGUUUGAACCGGGGUGAUCGGGCACCGGCAGGAAUUGGAUUUGAAAACGCAAGUAAAAUGAGCAACCCUGAUGAAAACUCGCUGCCCGAAAAAAUGUCCGAUGAAAAUAACAGCGUCAAUGAAAAAGAUUCGGAAUCGGUUGUGUUGGAGCAGCAGUCAGCAAAAGGCGCUGAGGAUAAUCUGGAGCCAGUAACGUCGGAAUCGGAUUUCGUGGAUGAUGGUAAGGAGUCAACUGCGAAUGAAGGUUCUGAGGAACAUAUGAAGGGGUCCGAUAACCGGACUGAUGAGUCCCUUUGGAGUGAACAAAGCAGCUUGCCGGAUUUCCAUUCCCCUAGGGCAAAUGCUACGGAAACUGAAGAUAAGCAAUGUGAAAGAGAUACAAAGAAACCAAAAGAACGUCAGAACAGUCCAGAGCCGGGGGAACUAUCGGAUGACGAUGAAUCCAACGGAAUACUGUCUCAGACACCAGACAUUAAAGAUGAGCGCAAUAACGAUGAAUCUUCCGAUACACAGUUUAAGGACCCAGCCGAUAGUGAUUGCGAGAAAUUCUCGAAAAAAUCCGAUUCAAUCAAGCUGGAACCUUCCAGUCCAACCUACCAUGACGAACUGGACCGGAAGGAUUCGAUCAACUAUGAAUUGGAUCGAGGUUUCAAAGAUAGCCCCAAGGUGGGCAGUCCGGUGGUGAAGCGAGAGUACCCUUCUGAUCCGGAAGAUGCAUACAACAGCUCCUCCAGUAGGAUGAUGAAAAGUCCCCGCAUGGAUUCACCCGAACCACCGGCCAAAAAGUUGGCUAGCAUCUUCCAGAAAAAGGUGAAGAAGGAGGAAAACGCAUCAGAAGAUAUUUUACAGGAAAAACUUAAACAGUAUUUUGGGCACAAUGAUUUUAAAAGUCCGCUGCAAAAGGAAGCCAUUCAAACGAUCAUUACAAGAACCCGCGAUGUGUACGUUUCGAUGCCAACGGGCUCAGGAAAAUCGCUUUGCUUCCAGCUGCCGGGUGUCAUGCAGGACAACAAGGUCACCAUCGUCUUCUCCCCACUGUUGGCGCUCAUCAAAGAUCAACUCGAUGCGUUGGCCAAGCUUAAAAUUCCGGCCGAUUCCAUCAAUUCCAAGAUGAGCAACAAAGAUCGGGAUCGUGUGACGAACGAUCUCAAAAGUGUCCGUACCGAUAUUCGCUUUCUGUACAUCACUCCGGAGCAGGCCAACACGGCCACCUUCAAGGAGCUGAUGAAGAUGCUAGUCAAACACAAGAAAAUUGCGUACGUUGUUGUGGACGAGGCGCAUUGCGUCAGCGAGUGGGGUCACGAUUUCCGACCCGACUACCUGAAGUUGGGUAACUUACGCUCGGAGUAUCCGUCGAUUCCAUGGAUCGCCUUAACGGCCACCGCUUCACAGAAAGUAGUGCAGGAUAUUUUCAAGAACCUACGGCUGAAAGAACCUGUCGCCAAAUUUAAAACUUCCUGUUUCCGAAAAAAUCUGUACUAUGAUGUCGUUUUCAAAAACUCUGUACAGGACGAUUACAUCCAUUUGCGGGACUACAUCGAAAGCAUUUUAGAUAAAGACGACCAAACUCUUAAAUCGAGUAAGAAAGCCUGUGGAAUAAUUUACUGCAGGACCCGGGAAUCAACUGAGCGGGUAGCAAACAGUUUGACUAAACUGGGCGUCAAAACAGCAGCCUAUCACGCCGGUCUAAAGCAAUCGGAACGAGUCGGUGUGCAGGAAGACUGGAUGGAUGGCAAGGUGGCAGCCAUCGCGGCUACGAUUAGUUUCGGCAUGGGGGUGGACAAGGGUUCGGUGAGAUUCGUCAUUCACUGGGACAUACCCCAAAGUGUAGCCUCAUACUAUCAGGAAUCAGGAAGGGCCGGUCGCGACGGGAAGAAAUCUUUCUGUCGCGUUUACCACUGUCGAGAUCAAUGCAAAUCGAUAGAUUUCCUGUUAAACCAAGAUCUGCAGAAAAGCAAAAGCACAUCGAAAGAAGAGAAGGCUAAAUUAGCAGUCAAAAACUUUGAGAAGAUUGUCCAAUACUGCGAAACGGCCAAAUGUCGUCAUCGGUUAUUCUCAGAUUUUUUCGGCGACGAUCCUCCCGAAUGCAUUGACAUGUGCGACGUUUGCAGCAAUCCGAAGAAGGUAGAGAAAGCCAUUGAAACGUUUCAAAAGCUCUCGGUUUCGGGAAAACUUAAAACUAAGGUCGGGUAUGACGAUGAUUUUUCCGACAUGUAUGAAGGCGGCCGAAAAGGGUUUGACGAUUAUGACGAAGAAGAAGGCGAAGACGAUGGUGCCCGUGAGAACCGUGCGAAACGGGAAACGGAAUCGCUUAUCAAAAAGCAGCUGGCCAUUCGAAAAGCUGCCGCGGCAAAAGAUUUAGAUAUGCACAAAUCGGCCUCGAUAAGUCGCGUCAAGUUUGCCCUCCAGACGAGUGUAAAAGUUAAUGGUUUAACGAUAUCGUCCCGAGAAGGCAACCUCACCAUGCUCGCGGAUUUGAUGAAGAAAAACGUCGAAGAGUGCAAACAGAACGGGGAAUCGACGGAGCACGAUUUGGUUUACAAGGAUUUUGAAGACAUUGCGGUGGAAAUGGAAUACGAAUCGUUCACCACAAACACCGUUGCCAGUUUGUAUCGAAGGUCCAUAGUGAAACAUAUAACGGCCAUCAAAUCGGCAACUUCUUCGGGGAUGCUAUUCCCGGAUUUGAAGCAUUAUGUCCCGAAACCGCGAAACUCACAUGGCGGGGAAUUUAAGACUAUCGAAGCCGAAUUGAAACGCAAAUAUGGUGACGAAAUUGUGGAUGAAUUGCGUGAGACCGAAGAACGCCGAUCGUAUCGAAGCGGUGGCGGUAAUGGAGCCCCCGAACGGUCUCGAGUGGGUUCGGGAAAGUUCAGCAAUUCUAGUCGGGAUGGAUAUAAUCAAACCUCAAUCAAUUCCUUCUUCAGUAAAGGUCCAAGCGGAAAGAGUGGUGGAGGAGGAGGGCCAGCUACACUGAACGAUGAUGACAUGUGGGAUGAAGAUGGUGGUGCUGGUCCAAGUGCACCUUUGGAAACCUUUGAACCGGCUGAUGAAAAAUCUGUGUCGAAUAAUGAUCGGCGAUCGCCAUCUGUGGAGAUUGUGUCUAGCGGCUCAUUUUCCGUACGUUCGAAUGAUGAUUGGGACCAGGGAGAUCGAAAAAUUAAAGACAGAAAAAAGGUUAAGCGGGAAAAGUCGAGCACGUGUUCUAGGGAUGCAUCCCGUGAUCGAUCUCGUACGCCUAGGGAAAGAUCACGUGAAAGAUCCAGAGCAAAAUCCAAAAGCAAGUCAAGACAUAAGUCUCGAGAAAGAUCACGCUCUCGAGAUCGCUUUUCACACCGUUCGGGAAGGUCUCGUUCUCGUGAAUAUGAGGACAGCAGAAGAAGACAUAAAAAGUCAAGGAGCCGUUACGAAGAGGAUGACGAGGUUUAUGAUAGAAGAUCGAAAAAACGAUACGCUAGCGAAUACGAAGAAAAACCAAUCUCCAAAAGGCCUCCUUCGCCAGACGAAGAAUACAGCUACAGUAAACCGAAGGCCCGGGUAUCUCAUUAUGAACGCAGUAUUCCUGUGUCUUCGGACUAUAAAAUUCCGUACAGUGGUGCACGGAAUGCUAAAAGCUAUGAACUCUCAGGAGGUGGAAAUAGUGCUCUUCUUUCUAAUGACGACAUGUGGGAUGAUGAUGCAGCUUCAUCUAAGAUGAACGAUACGUUAUCAGAGAAGAAUUUAGACUAUCCACCUCCACCUCCGUCAUCCGGAUCCUCAAUAAAGAGCCCUCCGCCACAACCAAGUGGAGAAACAAACUAUGCAUCGGGAUAUAAUCUAUACAAUAAUGACUCCCCGAAAAGUUCAUACCAACCACCCCCGCCUCCACCUCCAAUCAUUUCUCCAUCAAAAGAAAAACCUCCGUCGAAAAAGAAAUUCGACUACCUGUUCGAUACACCUGCCGAAAAAAUAAAUUCAGCUCCCUACGAACCCAAAAAGGUAAGCUCUCCUGCUCCAUCCCCGACCACUAUCCCAGUGAAGUCAAUUACGGCAGCUCAAUUCACCACGGCUGCCCAAAUCCAUGCAACCCUGCAGAAACUGAAUGCUGCGGUAAACAGCGCAGCUGCGCGCAAUGGGAAUUCAUCAUCUUCUUCGUCGUCUUCAUCCUCACUCAUGACGUCGACGAAAAGCAUCGCAUUGAAGGAUUCCUCGAGCAGUACCACCCUUCCUGGAUCAUCAUCAACUUCCAACUCUAUGACGACAUUGAGUGGAGGAUCAUCCACGAUAACCGCUAGCAAUAGUAACUCCAGCAACAGUAAGCCGACGAUACCAGAAGUCAACAACAAACUGCACAACAUCCAGUUCGAGCAGGAAAAAAUAUCGAAAAAGAAUUUAGCCGAUGUGGUGAUUCGUUUUCUUAUGCCGUACUACCGCCAGCAGAAGAUCAAAUCCAAGGAGCUGUUCAAAGGUCUCGCCCGUACCAUUUCACACAAAUUCUACGACGUGGAGGUUGUCGUAGAUCGAAAGGUGAAAAAGUACAUCGACGAUCUGAUGAUACAUAAAGGCGUGAUAGCCAGCGAAUCGGAUUUCCCCCAAUAGUUGCUGACGGGUUUCAGCCAGAAAUUGUCGUUACAGAUGUAUAUAAUACCGGAGCAUCGUUUUUACGCAGUUAUUCUAUCUAUUAGGAAGCCAAAUCACUAAAAACACGACAGACCGAAUCUUCUUGGAUUAGAUUCAGCAGUGCUUAAAUUGGAUCUUAGUACCUAGUUGGUAGGCAGAAAAUUGUUUAACUUUAUUUCAUUGCGUUAGGCAAAACUUGUUGAACAAGGUGUCUUAACACAGAGGGGGGUGGCAUGUUUGCAUCUGUUGGCUGAGAAAUCAAACAUCUGUUGGCUUCCUUAUGCUUUGAAUGUCCGUUUAGACUUAUUCAGAAACUUCUUUGAUCAACCAGUGAAUUCCACACAACAGUUAACUGUGUAAGCCAACGGCGCGCAUAGUGCUGAAGAUCAACUGUUUCAUGUGAUUGGAGAAGCUGUUCAAAUUAACCUGAUAGUGGUAAACAUCUAUUUGAGAGGUUGAUUAUUUUGCAGUUAAAGUACUGCUGAGGUGUAAAGCUAUUGAGAUUAGUCAAUGUGGUCAGUGAACAUUGUAUUCCGAAGAGAUGUAAUAAAAACAAGUUUAGCUUCAAGCUGUGCUAGUUAACCUCUAGGUUUGUUAAAUGAAUUUCCGAAUCUCACCUCAGAAAUACUUGACUGUAUCUGGCUCUAUUUUGCAGAAUUAAAAUUAAAAUCUUUAACGCGAACUGCUAACGUUCAUAACAGAGUAAAUCUCUCAAGAUCUUAAAUAUUUUUUCGAAAGGUCUCAACCGACCAACAACAAAAAAACACAUGCCCUCCUCCUGCAUCUUAUUUGAUAGUGCGUUCAAAAAUUCGAUAAAAGCUUCAAGAAUAAUUAAGCAUAAUAGACAACGGUCUGUAAAACAUUUGAUUUCCGUCACUCGAACAGACCUAUUUCAUUUUCAUGCCGCCAUACGCAAAGCACUACAAGGCAUAGUAACGUCAGAGAUUAUUAAUACUCUGCACUUUUUGUACAGCAGCAACAGAUAUUUAUUGUUGAUGAAAUUUCCUACAUUCACCGACAUUUCUUUUUUCGGCGAAUGAUGUCACUAAGUGUAAAGAGAACAAACAUUUUGCUUGCUAGAUACCUAUAGAACUUCAGAUUCAUUCAGUUACAGUAGGAAUUCAUAAAAAGAGAUAACAUCGAUCGCAUCGACUACUACACAUUAUUGGUAGCAAUAAAACAAAUGGAAAAGUUUAAAA